CCAGAAAAUCAGCAGAGAAAAAGAUAUCGAUGAAUAUGGAGACGACGAAGGAGCAGCAUCUCGGCGUUAGUGGACAAGACUACAUUGUCGACCUUUUGCCGAACGAUGACGAUGACCACUCGUCGCCACCGUCUUCGUGGCGUCUCAGUCUCGACACGUUCCGCCUCCCUUCUUCUUCCCCCUUGUCCUCUCGCCGUACUCGCUUGUCCCGUUAUCUCCGGACUCCAAUGUGGUGAGUACGCAGUAUCCUAUUCUGCGGAGGUUUUACGCAUUGUAGAUUGAUCGAAAGAUGAUAAAAAGCCAUCAAGGAUGUCUCUCUCUAUAUAUAUAUAUAUAUGCUUUGAAUCAUCUGUGAGCAGAUACAUAAUAUUAGACAUGGGUUUUGCUUUUUUUUCUUGUCGGAAAUCAGAAAAGGAACGUAAAGUCUCUGAGUACUACAAGAAGCAAGAGAAGCUGCUUGAGGGUUUCAAUGAGAUGGAAACAAUCAACGAAACUGGUUUUGUCUCUGGAGCUCCAUCUGAGGAAGAGCUGAAGAAGCUUGCGAAGAGCGAGAGGCUUGCAGUACACAUCUCAAACGCAGCGAACCUUGUGCUCUUUGUAGCCAAAGCUUAUGCUUCCGUGGAGAGUAGAUCUAUGGCUGUGAUUGCUUCAACUUUGGACUCUCUCUUGGAUCUCUUGUCUGGUUUUAUCCUGUGGUUUACUGCAAACGCCAUGAGCAAACCAAAUCAUUUUCAUUAUCCAAUCGGAAAACGAAGGAUGCAACCUGUGGGGAUCAUUGUGUUUGCAUCUGUCAUGGCAACUCUUGGGUUACAAGUGUUGCUAGAGUCAACCAGACUACUAGUUUCCAAGAAUGGUCCUCAUAUGAGCAGCACCGAGGAAAAAUGGAUGAUUGGAAUAAUGGCAUCUGCUACAGUCGUCAAGUUUCUCCUCAUGCUUUACUGCAGGAGUUUUCAAAACGAAAUCGUCAGAGCCUAUGCACAAGACCACCUCUUUGACGUUGUCACCAACUCGGUGGGUUUAGCAACAGCUGUCUUGGCUGUAAAAUUCUACUGGUGGAUUGAUCCCUCUGGUGCUAUUCUAAUUGCUUUGUAUACAAUCAGCACAUGGGCAAGAACGGUACUAGAGAAUGUUCAUUCGCUUAUUGGACGCUCUGCACCGCCAGAUUUCUUGGCGAAGCUAACGUUCUUGAUAUGGAACCAUCAUGAGAAGAUUAAACACAUUGAUACAGUGAGAGCCUACACGUUUGGGUCACACUACUUUGUUGAAGUUGAUAUUGUUUUGCCAGAGGACAUGAGGCUACACGAAGCUCACAACAUCGGAGAGACUCUUCAGGAGAAGCUCGAGCAACUCUCUGAGGUCGAGAGGGCUUUCGUUCAUAUUGACUUUGAGUUCACUCAUCGUCCCGAACACAAGUACAAGGUUUGAUUUAUCAUCUGGUCCCAUUAAUUAGAAACCUAUCUUGAUAUUCAAACUUGUAUUUGUGUUGGGUAUGUGGACAGGGGUAGUGUUGGUUUAUAUGAAUAUUUUUUGUUAAUAAUUAGAAACACGAAAAAAAAAUCAAAUUUCAAUAAUGAUAAUAAGUUAAUAAAUUGUUUUAUCGUAUAUAAUAAUAUUGUUUUAAUAUAAGUUUUUUGAAAAUAAUUAUUAAAUAAUCUUACAAUAACUAAAAUUUACCAUUAUCAUAACACAAAUUUUUUUUUUGCUUACAUCACAAUUAAAUUUUAUAUAUAUGUUUACCUCUAUUAAUUUAUAUAAGUCGGAUCAUGUGGAUAAUAAAUAUUAACCUCUUUUUUUACCACAAUUUUAAAAUUAACCUCAUUCUGAUAAUAUAAAUCAACUAAAUCGAGAAUAAACUCUAAACUAUUCAUUUGCAGUAAACCAUAGAAUAAAUCAAGACUAGAGAUCCAAGAGAGAGUCCAAAGUUGAAGCAAUCACAGCCAUAGGUCUAUCUACUCUCCACAGAAGCAUAAAAAUUUGCUACAAAGAGCACAAGGUUUGAUGCGUUUGAGAUGUGUACUGCAAGCCUCUCUCGCUCUAAGCAAGAUUCAAGAAGAAAAGAGUGGAACCUCAGAUGGAGCUCCAGAGAGACAAAAACCAUUUUCAUUGAUUGUCUCCGUCUCAUUUAAACCCUGAAGCAGCUUAUCUUGCUUCUUGUAGUACUGAGAGACUUACCGUUCCUUUUCUGAUUUCCGACAAGAAAGAAAAGUAAAACCCAUGUCUUAAGAUUAUGUAUCUGUUCACAGAUGAUCAAAGCGUACAUAAAUACAUCCGUGAUGGCUUUCAAUCAUCUUCUCAUCAAUCUAUACAAUGCGUAUAACUUUUGCGUCCCCAACACACUGAAAAUAAAUGAAGAUUCGGAUUCAUCACUACCAUUAAGAGACAUAAAAAUCGAACAUAUGCUCUAUGCUGGAAUGAUAUCCAUCGAACACCAAAAGCUCGAUCACUCUAGAUCACGAGUACAUUAUAAUUCUCUGUAGGGCUAAAAUAACCGUACGUUUACUUGGAAAGCAAUUAAUCACGGAAAAGUUCAUAUAAGGUUUAGGUCUGAAUCAUUUUGGCGGGUAAAGUUAUAAUAGCCCAUUAAAAAAUGCAACUGGGAAAUGCUAUGAGGCCAAUGUUACCCAAUUGGGCUUUAAAAAUAUUAGAGGCCCAACCUUAGAUUUUGACCUGUGCGACGCUCUUUAGGGCUUCCUUGUAACCUAGCAUGGUCGCUAUAUAACUCACCUUUUCCAAAGAUUAACACACACAUCAAUCAUGUGCUUUUCAACAUUCUUACUGUUUCCUUCAUCUCUUUUUCGACAGUUCUACAUUAUGGUUAUAGUCUUAAGAGUUUUUGUCGGUAGAUCCAGAGGUCUGUGAUGUUUGAGAUUGUCCGUACCAUCUGAGAGUUUAUCUCGUUGAUGAGCUGUAUGCUCUAGUUUCUGAGGCUUUUGGAUCUAUUUAAAUACGUUUUCUUCUUUGAAUUACUAGGCAGUGAUGAUGAAAAAAGAUUACCAUCAAACUUUGAGAGAUUCACAGCUCGUUGAUGCAUACUUCUUUAUAUUACCUGAGCCUAGUUAUGUUUUUGUUCUGCUUUGUCUUGUCUUUUAACAGAAGGCACUAAAUUAGAGUCUCUGGUACACUUUUUUUAAUUUAAUAGUGUAUUAAGCGCUGUACGUUGCCGAAAUUGAAUAAGGCUGUAUUCUGGUAUGUGUUCUAGUUUAGAUAGUUCAUUUGCAUUCAAAUGGCCUUAACAUAUGUUGAUUGGUUUUAUUAUUGUGUUUGGUUAAUUGUGUUAUCUUAGGAGGCAACAAUUUAGAGUCUCUGAUUCACUUCUUGAUAGUGGAUAAAGCGCUGUACGUUGCCGAUAUUGACUUUGGUUCAAAGAUUUCUUUAUUGGCUUCAAAUGUGUUUUGGCCAAUACGAUCGAUGUCCCUAUAUGUAGUUAAUUUUGUUACAUUACUACUGGUUGAUUUCAUUGAACACUCUCUGUGGUUGAGAGAGAAUAAAAAUAUUAUCUUCUGGCCACUAGUUUCAUUUCAA